AUGGGCCUCACCAUUGCCCUGCACCAUGCCAUCCUCACUCCCAAUACCUCCAACAUCAUCCUGUAUGCAGAUAAUGAAGCUGCGUUAAAAUCCCUCCUCGACCCAAGAGUUCAUCCAUCCCAGAUGUGCUCCAUCUUAGCAUGCCAGAGGCUAAGAGCAUGGCUCUCCGCCGCCCCCGACCACCACCUUACCAUUGCCUGGUGCCCCGGCCAUGUUGGCAUCCCUCGCCAGGAGCAAGUCGACACCCUAGCCAAAGCCUCCCUGCGAGAUAACCCCCCCCAUUCGUCUCCGCUUCCUUCCUCAAACAGAAAGCCUACACCUCCAUGCUUGCAGCAUGGCAGACCCUCAUGCAAUCCACCAAAUACAGCAGCUGCGACUUCCCUAGGCAACGCGCCUUCCGAAAGGUGGCUUCCACCAAGAGCAAGUCCCUCCUCUGGGUCAGACAACACAAUAUGCUGGCUGCACGCUGAUGAGCAUGCACCCGCGCUAGGGUCCGAGGGAGGUAUUCGGGAAGCUUUGGGGAGAUACCGAACAGCACUCGACAAGUACUGA